UUUAAUAUUCAUUUUCUUGCCGAUUCCUCUUAGGGAUUAUCCACUACUAAUGAGUAAAUUACUUGAAGCUCAUGUGGGGUUCCUCAUUCCUCUUUCUUGGUUAGUGACAAACAUGGUUGAGGUAGUCCGCUUAAGACACUAUAGCGGUGUUCGAAAGAUAUUAUAGGGACACUAGAUCCUUAAAUUAUGAUCAAUGUAUUGUCUAGGAGAUGAAGUGCUGUGGAUAUCUUUGAUGAAACCUGUCUGUGUAAGAAGUUCAGGUACCAUUGGUUGAGAGGGAACCUCGACAUGUUAAAGACUCGGUUCUGUGCUGUAGGGUUUGAAAUCGAGAUGGGUAACUCCUAAUUCUGUCUUCAAAAUGACACCUGCUUGUUUCACUUAAAAUUGGGUUUUAUAGUUGUAAGUUUUGAGCAUGGCUUUCAAAUGUGCUUGGCACACAUGUCCAUUCUUUAGAUGCUAGGAGAGUUAUGGCUUUUGUGUUAGAUGAUUUUUAUGUGCCAAGGGCAAAAGGUGCUAGUUUUUUAGGCUUGCCUAGGUCAAGAUAGGUUGUUUUGCAGAUGUAACCGAUACGUAAACCACUUGGGUUAUUAUUUUUUUUUAAUAGAUCCCUAAGUUAUCACAAUUUUAAAAAAGAAAAUCGUGGGAGAAGAAAGAGGAGGUAAGAUGGACCAACCAAGACUAUGUGUGUGGCCCCUUAAAGGAGUGGGGAAAUUAUAAGGGUUUUUCUAAAGUGGUUUUAAGUAUUUUGUCUUCGCACUCGUUGCCAAGGCUCCUUGACUUUCUGAGGCAACCUUCCACGUACCAAAUAGCAACACAUGAAUAGCAUAUGCAAAAGACAGCGAGCCGCUUGGUUUCUGAACCAAUAAAUGUGGUAAGCUGUAUCUGACUGGCUUUGUGACUAGCAUUUCCAAAAUAGUAAGAGUCUAUCUUUACGUCUUGAACCUGCAACCUUCUGGUCACAAAGUGUAACCUUACAUGUUUCUACAAGGCUCUUCCCUUAAGUAACUAUUCUUCAUGUUUAAAAAAGAAAGUUCCUUAACCUUAUUAGUUAAGAGUUCCAAUAUUUCCUGUGCUUUGUGUAGACAUGAUGUACAUCAUAAAUCCAGUCCUUUUUUUGUUCCUUGGUGUCUACCAUAUUUAACUACGGCUUUACCUUAUCUGAUAUGCCUUAAAUUAUGGUAUCCUGAUUAAGUACAAAAACAUGUAGAUGCUCUCACUUAGAAAAGUUUUUGCUCUAGCUAUUGUUCAUGUGUAACUGCGUAAGAUAUACCUUCGAAGUUCCACACCCGUUUCAAGGUUCAUUUCCUUGCUAUGUUCAUGAAAAAUCCUAGUAUAAUAUGUUUUUGCUUGUUACCAUACCCAUUUCAAGAAAGCCUGAGUGUGGAUAAGUGAUCGUCGUAUAUCUUUCUUCAUUAGGAUUCUUAAUAUUUAGAACUGAACAUGUACAAAAGUUGAACAUGAUGUUUAACUUGUGCCAAGUUCUAUCAAACAUUAAAUUGUAUGUGGUUAAGUAAAUAGUGUGAUUGGAUGGAUGAGGAUGCAGCAUGCUCGAUAUUACAUGUACUACUGGACCUUUCAAGCUUGAUGGCCGGGCUGACUACUGGAACCAUGUAAAUUUAUAAUCAUGUUAAAGCAGCAAAUGAUGCUUCAUUCAAAUGGAAAACUACUAAUUACUUACCCAAUCGAUGACGCCUAACUUAGGGCCUGUUUGUAGCAUCUUAAUGAGCUUAAUGGGACUCACAGCUUACUUGGUCAGUAAUACAUGACUGUUUGGUAGUGGCUUAAUGAUAUAGAAAGUGUCUUAUUCAGUAAGCUUCUACGGUACUUAUGCAGAAAGCGAAGUUUGUUUUUUCCCAACUUUCCCCUCCUGAUUAAAGAACACGCUCAUUCCAGCUAUGAAAAAACCCUCUCAAACAAAAACUUCCCAAUGUAUACAAGCAGAUUAAUCCACAGAGACAGCUUUAUCCAUACAGAACACAAUGGAAAACCAAACAACCCUUUAAAUGGUUUUACACAUUACUUAUUCGUUUGAGAUAAAUAUUUUUGUUUGUCUCCAUAGCAGGCAUCAAAUGUUUCCAAUACUAGUCAAGAUGCAUCAUCUGAUUGGCAGGAGUAUACAGCUGGUGAUGGAAGAAGAUAUUAUUACAACAAGAGAACAAAACAAUCUUCCUGGGAGAAGCCUUUGGAGUUGAUGACCCCUCUGGAGGUAAGUGCAUGUAGUUGAGGUGUUGCUCUUUUGUAGUUUAAUGAUGCCUAAUUUUACUUGCAAAGCAUGUCUUUGUUUAAACUUCUUGUCAUACGGGAAUUGAUCAAGUUUGAGUUAUAUGUGUUCUCCUUCUCUUUGCAUGUUCCAUUUGUUUGUAGAUGUCACCGGAAUUUGAAGGAAACUGCUCUAUAUGCUCAUUUUGAAGGCGGUUUCAUUUCCUCAGGGCAGGCAACAACUUGUUAUAGGGCUGAUGCCUCCACUGUUUGGAAAGAGUUCACAACUGCAGAGGGUAAAAAAUAUUAUUAUAACAAGGAUACAAAGCAAUCUAAAUGGACAAUACCUGAGGAAUUGAAGUUGGCUCGUGAGGAGGCUGAGAAAGAAGCUUCUAGAGGGACUCAAUCUGAGAUGGCGACUAAUCCCAAUGCUUCAGCCGUUUUAACACCCUCUGCACUUGAUCGACCUUCAGCUUCUGCCAGCUCAGUUAAUGACGUUUCUUCAACAGCACCCAGAGUAGCUUCAAGCCCUGUAGCAGUUGCACCUGUUAUUCCUGUCGGCAAUGUUCCCCCUAAUGUGGGGUCUGAAUCAUCAUCUACUGCUGCUGGAGAAAGAGUCACUGCGGUCCCUCUUAUUCCAGCGGUUGGUGGUGCUUCUAUGGUUUCUCCAAUGACCAGCACAGAGAAUUCAUCUUCACAUGGUGUUCCCAAAGCUGUGGAAGUGUCUGCACAAGACACUGAGGAAGCAAAGAAGGGAAUGGCAGUUGCUGGAAAAGUGAACACGACACAAUUAGAGGAGAAGGCUGUGGAUGAUGAACCUUUCAUAUAUGCGAGUAAGCAGGAGGCAAAAAUUGCGUUUAAAUCCUUAUUGGAGGAUGCAAAUGUUGAGGCUGAUUGGAACUGGGAGCAGGCAAUGAGAGUGAUCAUAAAUGAUAAAAGAUAUGGUGCAUUGAAAACACUUGGCGAAAGGAAACAGGCAUUCAAUGAGUACCUGAUGCAAAGAAAGAAAUUGGAGGCUGAAGAGAGGCGCUUGAGGCAGAGAAAAGCAAAAGAAGAGUUCACAAAGAUGUUAGAGGAGUCCAAGGAAUUGACAUCAUCCAUGAGAUGGAGCAAAGCUAUGGCAAUGUUUGAAGACGAUGAGCGGUAUAAGGCUGUGGAACGACCUUCUGACCGAGAAGAUCUUUUUCAGAACUAUCUGGUUGAUCUACAGAAGAAAGAGAGGGCAAAAGCUCAAGAGGAGCAACGGCAGUACAGAUUAGAGUACAGACAAUUUUUGGAAUCUUGUGGCUUGAUCAAGGUGGAUACUCAGUGGCGGAAAGUUCAAGAUCGGUUGGAAGAUGAUGAAAGAUGUUCACGGCUUGAAAAAAUUGAUCGUUUGGAGAUUUUCCAGGAAUAUAUCCGUGACCUGGAGAAGGAAGAGGACGAACAGAGGAAAAUUAAAAAGGAACAUAUAAAAAGGGUGGAGCGCAAAAACCGCGAUGAAUUCCGGAAGAUGAUGGAAGAACAUGUAAUUUCUGGCGCACUUACAGCAAAAACUCAAUGGCGAGACUAUUGUCAGAAGGUCAAGGAGUCCGUAGCUUAUCAGGCUGUUGCUUCAAAUACUUCUGGCUCGACUCCAAAAGAUCUGUUUGAGGAUGUUACUGAAGAGUUGGAGAAAAAGUAUCAUGAAGAUAAAACGCGUGUGAAAGAUGCUAUGAAAUUGAAGAAGGUCACUGUUGCGCCGACAUGGACACUUGAAGAUUUCAAGGUUGCUAUUGAGGAGGACAUCAUCUCAUCUUUAUCCGAUGUUAGUCUGCAGCUUGUGUUUGAAGACCUACUUGAGAGGGCCAAGGAGAAAGAAGAGAAGGAAGCUAAAAAGCGUCAGCGUCUUGCCAAAGAUUUCACUGAGUUAUUGUAUGACAUCAAGGAAAUUACUGCCUCUUCCACAUGGGAGGAAUGCCAGCAACUCUUUGAGGAAAGCUCCGAAUACAGAGCUGUUGGUGAUGAGAGCCUUGCUCGUGAGACCUUUGAGGAAUAUGUUGCUCGUUUGCUGGAGAAGGCAAAAGAGAAAGAACGGAAGCGGGAGGAGGAGAAGGCGAGAAAGGAGGAAAAAGAGAGGAGAAAGGAGAAAGAACGGAGGGAGAAGGAGAAAGAGAGAGAGGAGCGUGAAAGAGAGAAAGAUAAAAAGAAGGAUGAUUCAGAUAUCGAGAAUUUGGAGAUUAAGGAGGAGAAGAAAAGAGAGAAAGAAAAAGACAGAAAACAUCGGAAGCGGCAUCAAAGCAGCAUAGUGACGGACGAUGUGAGUUCUGAUAAGGAUGAAAGAGAAGACUCUGGUAAGAAGUCUCGUAGACAUGGCAGUGAGCGCAAAAAGUCAAGAAAGCAUGCAUAUUCACCUGAAUCAGAUAGUGAAAGCAAGCAUAAAAAACACAAGAGAGAUUCUCGUAAAAAUGGUGGUGGUCAUGAGGAGCUGGAAGAUGGGGAGCUUGGCGAGGAUGGGGAAAUCCAAUAAAUUCAGGAUUCUUAUCCAUCCUUCCUAUACUAAAUGUGAAAUUGUUGACCUGUCCUGUAGUAGUAAUUUUUAUGGUUAAUUGGAGUAUUUAUUUAUUUGUACAACCAAAAUCAGUGAUGCCUAAAGGAUAUAUAGCAGCAUUUUGCAGGUUUCUAGAAUUAAUUUUCAAUGGGAUAUCACAAAUUUUGACAA